UCGGUACAGCUUUAUAUUUCGAGGACCUCCAAAGUGUCCCCCCUUGCUCGAGCAACAAUGAUAUAUUGUUAAGUCCGGCCACCAUGCCUGACGACAAAGGCCCACAGAUCACUGCUGUGUCCUGGAGCUUUGGAAGCGUGGCGAUCAUAGUCGUCGCCAUUCGACUGUACACCCGGCUAAUACUGACUCGCAAAGCAGGCUGGGACGACUUCUUUAUUGUCCUUUCCCUGGUAGGUCAACCCUGCGAGAUCCUACCGCAAAAGAUAGCGGCUAACUCAGGCGCCGCAUGGAUGCAGUUGAGCGCUGUUGUAUGUUCAGGGUUAGCGCAAACCGGCGUGCAUUAUGGGCUGGGAAAACACAUGGCCGACAUUUCCAAUGGGGAAUGGAAAAUCGAGGCCUUCAAAUAUACCGUCAUCGCACCCAACUUCUCCAUGGUCAGCACCACAACAGGCAAGCUAUCGGUGGCCGUCUUCCUGCUGCGCCUGAUGGGCCAGACAGCGUCCCCGGCAAAACGAUGGUUCCUCUAUAUUUUUAGUGUAAUAUCCAUUGCUUGGAACGUGCUGGCCAUCGUUGCCAUCAUGGGGUACUGCCGGCCUGCGGAGAAGAUCUGGCGGCCAGAGGUUCCCGGCUCCUGCUUUAGCUUGAAGUUUCAGCUGAUUGCUGGGAUAUCGCAAGCCUCAUUCAACGCUUUUGCCGACCUUACCUUAGCCUUGUUUCCAGUCAUCAUUUUUUGGUCCGUCCAGCUGCCCUGGAAAAUGAAGCUGGGGGUUAUAGCUGUCAUGGGGGCGGGAAUCCUGGCGGCGGCAGCAACCUUGGUCAAGGCCAUUCUUCUAAAAAGCCUUCCGGUCCAUUCAGACAUAACCUGGUCAUGGGCCGAUAUUACAACAUGGUACUCAAUUGAGAUGUACGUUAUCAUAAUCUGCGCCACUCUCCCGACUCUCCGACAAUCAUACAACUUUGCCUUGCAUCGAACACGCUACGCAGGUUCAUACUACAAACGUUCCCACUCCGAAGCAGCAGCAGCAGCAAGACACAAGCCAAUUCCUCUCGCUCCUUCCCACGAAGAUACUCUCAUCUCUCCCGCAAGAGGUUCGAACCAUACUAUCAUCACGAAAACUACCGAGAUUGAGGUCCACGAGGAAAAUAAGUCCAGACGGGAUAUCGAGAAUCCUCAUUUCCCGCGCGCGAAUCCGUUUAGGAGAGGUCAUCAGUAGGAAACGAGGGAUGGGGUGAUCCGGGGAUGAUGGUUUGUAUGUUAACUAUAUUGAUAUUUUGUUAAAGAGACGAGGCUUCGCAUGUACGAUAGCAGUAGUGGCCGAGUCGAAAAAUUGCUCUUUUCCCACUGUGUUCAGGAAUUCAUUUUCCCGAGAGACAGAGAUGGAGAGAGAAUAUUAAUGCGACCACCAGUUUGAAGGA